AUGGCGCGCACCCGCACAAACCCCCUCAAGGAAGCCCGUUCCUGCCUCACCCUCUUCACCCACUCCCGCUCCACCCGCUGGCCCUCUCGCACCGGCCUCGCAACCGACAUCCUCCUCUUUCUCUCCAUCCUCUUCGCGGUCGCGCAACUCGGCCUCUGUGUCGCUAUGGCCCACCGUCUACUCGCCUCCCCCCAAAGCGAAGUCAAAUGCUUGAAUGUGGAUGCCGGUAGCAACUUUGACUUCACCAACACGAUCAUAGCAAUCCUGAUCUUCAACCCGCUUCUCCUAGUCAUCGAUCUCCUCCUUCUCCUUCGGAGCCACUACCGCUCCGCGCGCAUCUCCAACCGUGCUGGCAUGCUCUGGUCUACCUGCCUCGCUGUCUACUUCGUGCUGGUUGCUUUGGGCACUGUUUGGAUGAACACUUUCCCCAGUAGCAAGAUCGAUUACAGUUUGAGGCACACUGUGGCUCUCACUAGGGAUUCGUGUUGGCAAUACGAUAAGACGAUGUAUACGUUGGACAGGUGGAGUAGAUGGGCAAAGGGGAUUGAACGGGGUUGUGAGGUUUUGGGCAUGUUGGGAGCGGUUUGCAUGGCUAUCUACUUCGGCUUUGCGCUCGCCGCGGCGUACAUCAACAGAAAGACUGAUGCGCAACAGUCUAUGCGACUAGACGAUCUCAGCGGCGCUUCUUCCCUUACCCCCGCGCAACAAAACCUUCGCGACUUUCCUUCGUCGAGUCUCGGUGCUCAUGCUACGCCUGUUCCGUUGAACAACUUCGGACUCACGUUCAUAGACGGUACUCCAGGCCAGCAGCCGAAGAUCGCGACAUCACGAGCGUCGCCCGAGGACCUAGAAGCGCAUGCAAAUCCGUUCACGGAUCCGGCAAAUCUGAUUAGGGAAGGGGCAGACAGGGAGGUUGUGCCGCCAGAGCCGGCAAGACAAUGGAGGUAG